AUGCCGAUAACUGAAGUAGAUGCAUGUGCUGGCCCCAGCCCUCCCGACUCGCUCUGCUGCUCCUUUGAAGAUCCGUUCUUCGUCCCUGUAUGGGAGAGAAGUCACGUGAAGUACGCACAAAAUCUCCUCGAGUGUGACGGCAAGCCCAUUGAAUACGACGACGAGGAAGUGGACUUUAUAGAUAAUUGUUUCUUUUUCCCCGAAGACUGCUCCUGCUCUUCGCUCAGGACAUCCUCGGCCUUCAGCGCUGAUGUCACAGACCCCGACCUGGACGAUAUCAACCCUGUCGAGAUGAUCCCAGAGUUGCCCGGUAUCAAAAUGCUGGAUCCUGAGGCUCUAACCAGCCUACUAGAGGAUAACCUCUGCGCUCCAGAGAUUACCUCUAUUAUGAUAUUCGCUACAAAUGGGGCCAUUUUCGCUCAUGCUUCCUCACUUCCUGCACGGAAACUGCGAAACCUAAGCGCGACCUAUGGUGCCGCGUAUUUAUCAUAUGCAGUAAACGCCCCUACCGGUAACCUAACCGGCGUGAACCCUGCCAGCCAUCCGUCCUCGUUUGUGACCGCCCCUUCCGUGCCACUCGGUGAUGUUGGGUCGAUAGCCUUCGAAUUCGAAAACUUAGUUGCAGUCGUCACUAAAAUUGCGGACAAAGUCCUGCUCGCCGUCAUGGGUCCCAACCAUCUUAGCCCACUGCAGCAUCGGCAACAUCCACCAACAUCCUCUCAUAGCGAUGGACGAGAACGUGCAGCUCCUGGAUCCGCAGCGAGCGAUACCGAACAAGGCAUUGCCGUUGUCGAAUCAUACUCAACAGCAUUCGACAGCCACCCCAUGGGCCACCCACAUUCCAUGAGCCUUGCGUCAUCAGCACCCAACCCGACAUGUGCGCCAGCGGCAGCAGAUAGGCCUCUAACUCCUUCGCGUAGCGGUUCAGACGCGGCUCUGCAGCUGCAGUGGGAAAUCGACCGAAGUAAUGAUCUAGAACGUCUGGCCAGUCUGAAUCUUGACGCGUCUCCAGCAGUGCUUCUGGCCCUGGAAUCCAAAUCCGCAGCGCUGGGUAAGUUCCUAAGUAACAAGCUUCAGGAUCUUGAGUAUCCCGAUGAUUUCUGA